AGGCAGACGCCGCCUUCCGGGACUCCGCACCGGGAAGCCUCGGCUGGGGCCGCGCCGCGCCACCACGGGCAGGACUAAAUGGUGAACAAAUGGACUGUUUGAAGGAGUGGGUUUGAUCUGCUGAGUAUAACCCCCAGGGAAUCUCCUGGGUAUCUCUGUCACCUCAGACUCUCCCCUGAUAUGGAACAAAGUGAAGGUGAACAGGAAUCCCAGCCAGAGAGUCAUGUGGAUAGCAAGAGCAGCGUGAAAUCCUUGCCCGGGGGAGCUGCCCAUGUCAAACUAGAGAUAAAGAAACAUGCAGUUACGGAUGACUACAAACUCUCCAAACGGGUGCUGGGGUUAGGAAUCAAUGGCAAAGUACUGGAGUGUUUCAACAAGGAGACAGGCCAGAAAUGUGCUUUGAAGCUCCUCUAUGACAACCCAAAGGCCCGUCAGGAAGUAGAAUACCAUUGGCGAGCAUCAGGAUGUCCCCACAUUGUCCAUGUCCUGGAUGUUUAUGAGAAUAUCCAUCAUGGGAAGAGAUGCCUCCUCAUUGUCAUGGAAUGCAUGGAGGGAGGAGAACUGUUUAGCAGGAUCCAGGAGAGAGGAGAUCAAGCUUUCACUGAGAGAGAGGCUUCUGAGAUAAUGAGAGACAUCGGAACAGCCAUCCAGUAUCUGCAUUCAAUGAACAUUGCCCAUAGAGAUGUCAAGCCUGAAAACUUGCUUUACACAUCUAAAGAGAAGGAUACUGUUCUCAAACUCACAGACUUCGGCUUUGCCAAAGAAACCACUGUACAAAAUGCACUGCAGACCCCCUGUUACACUCCUUAUUAUGUGGCCCCAGAAGUCCUUGGUCCUGAGAAAUAUGACAAAUCAUGUGACAUGUGGUCAUUGGGUGUCAUCACAUAUAUUCUCCUGUGUGGAUUCCCUCCAUUCUACUCAAACACUGGUCAAGCCAUUUCUCCAGGGAUGAAGAGAAGAAUUCGGAUGGGACAAUAUGGAUUUCCCAAUCCAGAGUGGGCAGAAGUAUCAGAAGAAGCCAAGCAGCUGAUUCGCCACUUACUGAAGACUGACCCAACAGAGAGGAUGACAGUUUCUCAGUUUAUGAAUCACCCUUGGAUUAAUAGAUCAAUGGCUGUACCACCAACUCCACUUCACACUGCACGGGUCCUACAAGAGGAUAAAGACCAUUGGGAUGAAGUUAAAGAGGAGAUGACCAGUGCUUUGGCUACCAUGAGAGUGGACUAUGAUCAGGUGAAAAUUAAAGACUUGAAAACAUCCAACAACCGCCUCCUGAACAAGCGCCGUAAGAAGCAAAAGCAGGCAGGCACUUCUUCUGCAGCCCCAGGGUGCAAUAACCAAUGAGAAGAGAAGCCAAGGACCUGUGGGUGGAGGGUAAAAGUUAAAAGGAACAAUUUAAAAUCAGUAUGAUCAACUUACCACAAAGGCAAUGAGACCAUGAAGAAGCUAUCCUGCAAAGAGGGAGCAGUGUGAGAGAUUGCAUUUUUAUAACUUGAAUCAGGGCUUUGCUUUUAAAGGCUGAGGGAUCUGAUAUGAUUCUGCUGCAUAUUGCUAGGGAAGGUACAGUAACACCACAGUGCUGCGGGUUUUUGUUUUGGUUUUAACUGUAUCAGAAGAGGGGAGAAGAGAGGAGGCAGUCUCAGCAUACUGGUGUUCUGAGGCUUUAACAAGUAUGUACAAGAGUAAUGUCUGCUACUGCUUAUGAACUUGGGAAUAGAGAAAAUGCCAAAUGUUCUGCUUAGAGUGUUUCAGUAGUUCAAACAUGAGCACUGAGAAAGCAGAAAAUGUCCACUGCUCUUUAUAUGAGUAGCACAGGUGCAGUUUGAUUUUUGGAUGCAUCUGUACAGCAUUUCAUAUUACAAUUGGUAAGAAUAGCCAUUAGUUCAAAACUUACCUCCUAUAGUUACAGGACAUCACCUAAACAGUAAACAGCUAUUCCUGUUACAGGAAAAAGUAUCUAUACAUUUCCUUUUUCAUGAAGUCUUCACAUAGUCUCAUGUGAAGAUUUGAGUUUGCCAGGGAUUCUCAUUUGGUAACAUGUAAGUUUUCUGACCUGUAAGCAUUAUGUUGUGUCUAUGCCACUAGAUCUCCCUCUUGCAAUGUUUUUAAUUUAAGUGGUACUUUAUGUGAAGAGUUUUAAUAAGGAUUUAAUUAGUUGAAAGUAUCCUGCAGAGAAUAUUGCUGUUCCUCUUGGAUCCACAGCCUCUAGGGCAUGCACCUGGACAUGCAAUUAUGUGCAAGAGACUGCUCUAGAAGAGAGAGUUCUGAAAUUAGUGACGAAGUGGCGGGUGCGUGUUCUCUGAAUGGACCCUGGUGUCUGCCAGCAUCCUUUUUGGUAAUUAUCUCCAGGUCUGUGCCUUGGAUGUGCUGAUCAUAGCUAAUUUCAGGGUGCUGGGGUUGCUUUGUUUUCCAGGGUCAGGGAGGGACGAGAUGCUGCUUUAUUGCCUGCGUUUCACCAGUGUUUCUGGAUCCAAAGAUUUUUGCCACCUAAGGGAGAUUACAUACCAGUAUAUCCACCAAGUGUUUUUUUCCUGUUCUAAAUUUUGUUUUAUGGGAUCCCAGCUUUGAUUUGAUUUGAUGAUUUGUUUUACUUUGUGAUCAAAAUAUUUCCUCUUGCUGUGUUUUGGUGUUUUGUUUGUUUUUCUUUUCUUUUUUAGUUGAGGAGAAGCAAGUAUUUGUGAAAGUAUUAUCAGAGUCUAGGAUGAAAAUCACAUGCUUCCAGUGAUAUACUGUACUGUACAGUGAUGUACUGUACCUUUCCACUACUUCGUGGUAGGCACACAGAGUACUGGUGUGUUAAUGGGCUCAGAAGAAUGUUGAAAGACAAAAAAGGAAAAUGAAGCUCCAGAGGGGAUCUGAAUUGUCAAAUCUGACUGGCAUAGAUCUUGUUACCUCCAGCAAAGAUCAGCUCGAGGCUUUGCACCUUGUCUGGGGAGCCUCGUUCCCAUCUUCAAAGUGUUGGACAAGACCUCUGUUCAUUUCUGUGAACUGGUUCUAGGGUUUUAUAAACUGAUUUUAAUAAAUUGUGUU